AACCCAAGUCAUCACUGAAAACCAUCUCUUCCUGUACUAUCGGCAGCAGCGUAGAGACUUUCGAUAGGUACUUAUUGACAACAAUUCAAUACGUACUUAACGUUUUAACAGUAAUAUCUACAUAGGUACUUAUUCAAAGUCUACUGAAAUACGAUUUUUUUCAGAUUUUAAAAUUACAUCCUACGUUUUAUCCAUGCAUCAAAAUAAUAACUCUAACAUGAUCAAAGUAAUGGUUUACAUUGGAUUUGUCGUCUAUAUCAUGGCCUUGACCACAACGUGUUGCUGUAAUCCCGUAACAUCUUCUGAAGUGGAAAGCAUAGCUCGACCAACAAGGCCUAAAACUUUCGGUUCUCCAGAUGAAUUACGUUCGUACCUAGACCAGUUAGGACAGUACUUGGCGGUAGUUUCUCGUCCGAGGUUUGGAAAAAGGAAACCUACGUUUCCAGUCAUCCCGUCCGCUAUCACAACACCGAGAUUACAACAGUACAUCGAUCAUCAACACAUGCUUAACAAUAUCAUAAACCGAGAAGACGAUGAGACUUAUAAAUUACAAUACAAACCGGCUACUAUAAGAAAUUCAAAAGACUUGUAUGACAUGCUGUUUACGACACGUCGUGAAAACGGAAAUAAUGACCGCCAUCAAUACUAUUUAAUGCAACAAGAUUUAACGAAUGCAGACAUUGGUUUAGAUUCAAAUUAAUUAUCAUUAAACUGUUUAAACUAUAUUUGUAGUAUAAGAUUUAAUGUAUUUGUAUUUCUUAAAAACUUUAGUCAUGUACAUACAGUAUUGUACUAGCUGUUAAUAAUAUAAGAACUUUAAAAUUUUAAUUCAUCAGUAUAAAUAAAAUCCGUUAAAAGCGUUGGUAUAGGUAUCUGAUGCCUAUAGACGUUAAAAUUGUAUCAGUUGAAUUUAUUAUUAUAAACAAUAAAAAUAUCGGUUUGUUUUUAA